UGCCUCAAUAAGCUGUACUCUGCAUUCUUUCGUUUCUACCACCUUUUCCCUUUUCUUUCGCAUAUUUCUACCAGCCGACAAUGGAGGCCAACGCCAACGGUUCGAAACCUGAUGUGCCGAGUGCCAUCCCGGAGUCAUACGCUGUCGACUUCACCGAGGAGGAUGAGAAGCUGUUCGCGGAGCUGGCUAAAGAAGCCCAAAUUGCAAACCUAAGGCUUGAACGUCUCAGCAACGCGACCCUUGACCCCCUCUACCGAAAGCGUAACGAGACCCUUCGCGCCCGGAUGCCUAUGCUAUGGCCUGUCGCAUUUUUUAACCAUGCGGAGCUUGAACAUCGCUUGUCUCUGCCGGAUGACAUGGACGCGCUAUCAUACCUGCGCAACGUAGACAUCAAGAGGGAUGAUCGAGAGCCGAGGGCUUACCAGAUUGAUUUCGAAUUCGAAGAGAAUCCGUAUUUCAGCAACAAGACGCUCACAAAGAACUUCAAGUAUACAGGUUCGGCCAAGGCCACUCCCCCCGAGGAGGUGACACCCGAGCACCUUGAGUUCUCACCUGACCUCCAUCUUGAGGCAGAGGCGUUUAAGAUCGACUGGAAGGAUGGCAAGAGCUUGGCGAAGGCUCACCCACCGCAGGUUGAUCCGGAGGGUGACUUCAUGGAGCAGGGCAGCUUUUUCAAUCUCUUCGAGGAGAAAGAGGACCCAGCUGGCAUCUUUGACACAAUUGUGGAGCAAAUCUACCCUGAUGUCAUGGACUACUACCUUGGCAAGGGCGAAUUUUCCGCGCACUUCGAAGAGGAAGACAUGGAGGAUGUCACGGAUGACGAGGAGGAAGACGAAGAGGACGAUGAGGAAGAGAUCGACCUAGAGGCCCCGCCCAAGAAGCGCAGGAGGGCGGGCAAAUAAACUUUCCGAUCGACUUAACCAAAAUUCGAGCUCACGCUCGCACUCUAUUCACGCCUACAGUCUGCACGGUCCUUUGUAAUUCUUGAACAGUUAUUCCUGCUUCAAUGCCACAUGAAUAUUAUUGACCUUUG